AGCAAAAGGAAGCUGCUGGAAACCAACAUCCCGGCUGAUUUUAACAAUUUAAUCUGUUGGGAAUUUCUGCAUCUGAUCCCAUUCUUUGCCCUCAAGUGCAGGCUGGCCAGAUGUACCUGGAAUAAAUUCAGAACUCACAUGAUCCACUAAAGAGGCUCAGGAAAUUGGUUUAACAACCCCCCCUGAACCCAUGAAAAGUGAGGCAACUUGUUGCUGUGGAAGUUUCUACUACAUUACAACACUGAAAGGCCCCGUUGCACUCAAGAAAUAAGAUGGCUGCCCUCAUCACUGAAAACUUUCGCUUCCUCUCACUUUUCUUCAAAAGCAAAGAUGUGAUGAUUUUCAAUGGUCUGGUGGCCCUGGGCACUGUUGGCAGCCAGGAAAUAUUCUCUGUGGUUGCUUUCCACUGUCCAUGUUCUCCAGCCAGGAACUACAUCUAUGGUCUGGCUGCCAUAGGUGUACCUGCCCUAGCCUUAUUCCUUAUUGGUGUCAUCUGGAACAACCACACCUGGAAUCUGGUAGCUGAGUGCCAUAAGCGAGGAACCAAGAACUUUUCAGCAGCAGCCACCUGCUUGAUCUUCAGCUCUGUCAUGGGCCGGGCUGCCGUGGCUCCAGUCACCUGGUCAGUGAUCUCGCUGCUUCGUGGAGAGGCCUAUGUCUGUGCCUUGAGUGAAUUCAUCAACCCCACCUCCUUGGAUAUGUUUCCACCUGGCUAUGGAGCAGAUGCCAUGGCCAGGUUCCCUUGUGACGAUCUGCCGGGGAACUUGACGAAAUUUAAGGAUGAAGUUAUACGGCGAUUAAAAUAUGAGUCUCAGCUCUUUGGAUGGCUACUGAUUGGCAUGGUUGCAGUUCUCGUGUUCCUCACCAAGUGCCUGAAACACUGUUGCUCACCACUCAGCUACCGACAGGAGGCCUACUGGAAUCUAUAUCGCUCCAAUGAGACUAAACUCUUCCAACGCACUGCUGAGGUGCACUCCAAGAUUGUGGCUGCCAAUAGCGUCAGAAAGUUCUUUGGCUUUGUGUACUUAGAUAAGGAAGAGAAGGAACUAGUGCAGGAGUUCUCUGUAGAAGAUCUCCAGCCCAGGCCCCAAUGGGAUGCUAUCACUGGGGUCUAUAUCUAUCGUGAGAAUAAGGGGUUUCCUCUCUAUAGCCGUCUCCAUAAAUGGGCAAAAGGUGUGAUGGGUAACACCUUAGGUCCUGACAGCCAGGAAACAGCCUUCCUUGCUACCUAAGAUAGCUGAGAUUGUUUAGCACUAUUGGCAUCUCUAUGCUCUAAGUGACUCAGUCUUACCAACUGAUCAAAAUCUCAGGUGGUGGAUUUGGCAUGGAUUAUCAUGCAAGGGACACUGAUGGUAGAGAAAGAGAAGCAAGGACCAACUGCGGUUGUGCUGUUGAAGACCUCAUAUAAAAUAUAGCCGCAAACGCUGCUCUGAAAGAAACAACAAACCAAAAGUAGACAUGUACAGUUUACUUCUUGGAUGGAAACAAGUACUGAUGACUUAAUCACAGAAAAGUUCUUGCAAUAAUGUAGUCCCAUGCAGGCGAGAGAUGAAGUGACCUGGAUGCUCUGCCUUCCAGCUGGUGAUGUUGCAGUGGUUUCCUCCUCACUUAACAAAUGUUUGUUAUGGUUACCACUAGGGGUGGCCCUUCCAUUAGAUAGUGGGCAGCAAGCUACAAGCGGGCAGCAAGCACUACCCUGGGUACCACCCUGCCAUCCACUACCAUCACCCUUCUUCACCUCGUUGGUGCACGCUGUUCACUGAUGGUGGCGAAUGCAUCCUAUUGUUCUUCAUUUCAGGGCAGCAAAAUGUCAUGGACUGUCCCUGGUGACCACUACUUUAAUUUACACCUUUUUAGCACAUUUCCUCCAGAAGUAUGACUUCGAACAUUUUAUGGUCAUAUAGAGGAGGAGGAGAAAAUGUCAGCAAGCAACAAGAUUAGAGGACUGAUUCAGGAACUUCUCUGUUGCCCACAGGGAUUUGAAGUUGGGGUAUCUGGGACUGGCUGGAUUCUGCCUCUACAAGUGGCAGCUGCUCUACUUUUUCUCGGUUUGAUUUUUAAAAACUGAAGCAGAUUGGAUUGUGUUUUUUAAUGAAUGUGGCUCAGGUUUGGAAAGAGAAGCCAAGUAUUGCACUUGAAAACUUUGCAUUUGUGAUUGCUGUACAUUCGCCUACCUGUGCUGCACUUUGCAUGAUAGAUGCACAAUUGCUUCCAUCCAAGUGUACGAAUAUGCAGUGGCCUUUACUUUCUCAAUAAAAAGUUUGCACUCAUAUUAGUUUAGGGAGCAUCCUUUCAUAAUCAAAAAGAUAGGUAUGUCAUGGAGGGAUAGAGAGGAAGUACUUCUAAAAUACCAAUGCAGUCACUGCAGUGGGAAAGAAUGCAGUGACCAAAUACUUAAUGCUUUAUCAGACGAAUCUGAAUCCAGCUCUCUGGCUAGCCAAGUGCUUAUUGGGGCCAUAUCAGAACUAGAUAACUGUUGAAUCUUCUAUUUUCCGCUGUAAUAUGUGUGCUACGAGGUAUAGUGCACCUGAGCUGUUCUGGUCUCAUGCUUAGAUGUAGAUUUUGUUCAUCUAGGUCUUCUUUUUGUUUCAUACCCUGCCUAUGGCUGCAGAUUGCUAGUAUGUACACCACCAAUAAUAAAGUCCCAUUAUAUAAAUAUCCUUAAUAAAACUGCAGUUAGUGCAAAACACAGAAGCUAGAUGAUGAACUGGGACUGAAUGUAUAGGACACCUUCAGCCAGUCUUAAAUAUUAUGCAUACUGUAAGCACCCAGUUUGUUUUUGGGCUCAGUUAAAAGGUAUUUACUUUUUUUUUACUUUUACUCUUCUAUAUUUGCUAGUUAGUGACCAAAAUAAAAAUUACUACUACUACUGUUGCUGCUUUAACUUUUGAUACCUUAAAUCACUUUGGACCAGGAUACUUUAAGGACAAUUUCUCCUACAUAAUGCUCUGCAGUUAUUAAGGUCAGAAGCCAUUCUCUGGGCCCCUCAGCCUUCAGGGAUAAAAGCAUGCAGUGGCUAUAAGGCCUUCUCAAUGGUGGUGCCCUGACCCUGGAAUGAUCUCCCCAGUGAUGCUUGCCUAGAAUCAAGUCUGAUGUUCUUUUUAACUCUGGUUAGAGAUCUUUUUAUUUGCCCAGACUUUUUAUACUUGUUUUGUUUUUCUAGUGUUUUCAUCUGGCUUUUUUGCUGCUCUUUUUACGCUGUAUUUUCAUACAAUUACAGUACUAUCAAUGUU